AUGAAAGGUCAAGUAGUGGCAGAUUUCCUUGUAGACCAUUCAAUGGUUGAAAUGGCGCAAAAUUACGUCGACAUAGUGCCAUGGAGAUUAUACUUCGACGGUUCAAGACAUAAGCAUGGAUCUGGGAUAGGAGGAGUCAUAAUAUCCCCAGAUGGAAUUCCAGUAGAGUUCAAAUACAGAAUUGAAGGGGUAUGCACAAAUAAUGAAGCAGAAUAUGAGUCGCUGAUUACAGGACUUGAACUACUGUUAGAAUUGGGGGCAAGGAAUGUCGAAAUUAUGGGAGACUCUGAGUUAGUGACUAAGCAGAUAGAUGGAGGAAAACUCAUGGUAGCACAUAUUUGUGUUUAUGACAUUGUUUUUUGUGGGAUGUCAAACUCGAUGGUAGAGCAUUUUGUCAAACAAAUGAAGUCUGAAUUUGAGAUGAGUCUUGUAGGAGAACUCACUUAUUUUCUUGGUCUUCAACUUAAGAAAAUGGAAGACAUCAUUUUUGUAUCGCAAAGAAAGUAUGUUAAGAGUAUAAUGAAGAAGUUUGGCCUUGACAAUGCUAGCCACAAAAGAACUCUUGUUGUUACUCAUGUGAAAUUGAUCAAAGAUGAAAAUGGAGUUGAUGUAGAUCAAAGUUGA